AUGUUUAUUGUAUAUCGAACUCAACACAAGUCAAGAAUUUACAAUGGGAAAGAGAGCUUGGUGGGUUUUGCCGGCCUAGUUACGUAUCCGAGGAAAGGUUGCUCCCUCAGCACUCGUCGCAUCAGCAUCAAACGCCCUCCUCUCGUUUUUGUACGAGCUUCGACAGUGUCCUUAUUGAGUUUCUCUUGCAACUUGAACGGGAAAAAGCAUGGACGGAAGUUGUUACGGUGCCAUGGACAAUUCCAUCGCAAACUUAUUCGACUAGGAAGUGUUGAUUGCAAUAGUUGUCGCAACAUGUCACGCCACCUGGAACACUAUUAG